AUGACGAGCUUAGCCCUGUAUAGCGACUCUUUGGGCAGGCUGGUGGUUGGGAACAUAUCAAAAGCCGAGAAUAUAAAAAGGAUAGAGCGAUGCCAUGCCAUUGACUCUAAGGAAUACGAGGCCAAAUAUGGGAAGGGGAAAGGGGAAGAAGGUGGGGCGGCUGGGAAGGGGGAAAGGGAAAAGAGGAAGGAGAAGGCUGGGAAGGGGGAAGGGGAAGGGGGUGGGGCGGCUGAGAAGGGUGAAGGGAAAAAGGGGAAGGAGAAGGCUGGGAAGGGGAAGGGAAAGGGGGGUGGGGCGGCUGAGAAUGGAGAAGGGGGAAAGGGCAAGGGCAAGGGCAAGGGAAGGGAAGGCUGGAAAGGGAGAGGGGAGGGGGGGGUGGCGGCUGCCACUGGAAAGGAGUAA